CGUCCUUUAGCGUCGCCACUCAUCAUUUAGACAAAGACGCUCCCGAAGUUGUGGGUUUGAGUCAUUACACGGCAAUAGUCUUAUUGAUCGUUUACGCGUUGUAUUUGCUGUUUCAGCUUAAGACUCAUGCUUAUUUGUAUACCACAAACGAAGAAAACGAAAGACCUGAACUUCCUCUUGCAGUUUCUUUGGUUCUCUUGGCCGUGACUACUGUCAUUGUCGCCGCAUGUAGUGAAUUCCUCGUAUCCUCCAUAGAAGGUAUCAACGAGUCUUUAGGAUUGCCCAAGAUCUUUGUCGGUCUUAUUCUGCUUCCCAUCAUCGGUAAUGCUGCCGAGUCUACGACGGCUAUCAAUGCAGCUAUACAAAAUAAGAUGCAGUUGGCUAUUGGUAUUGCAGCGGGAAGUUCACUUCAAAUCGCUUUGUUUGUAACGCCCUUUUUGGUCGUGCUUGGUUGGAUCAUCAAUCAGCCGAUGUCUUUAUUCUUUGAUUUGUUUGAGACAAUAUUGUUAUCCGUUUCUGUGUUGAUUAUGAAUUACUUAAUUCAGGAUGGUAAAUCUAAUUGGCUGGAAGGCGUUUUGCUUCUUGCGACUUACGUCGUUAUUGCUAUUGCUUUUUACUUUUAUCCGUCUGAUAUUCCAGGAGCUGAU